GCUGAUUUGUUACUGGGGUGUGGUGUUGACUUUGCACUCCUUUUGCUUUCCCUUUGCGUAGCCCCUUUGCCUGCAGGAAUGGAGCUCCCGGUGAAGGGGUCCCAGGAAGAACCAGCACCCAAACAAGCAGUCGUGGCCUGUUUUGUGCCCUGCUCUUUGCAGGGAGCUGGCAGCUGUGCUGCUCUCGCUGAGCACCAACUGUUCUCUCCGUCCUAUUUCCAGUGCUGCUGCUGGCUCUGUAGGCUGUUCUCAUAACCAUCUUGUAAUGGAAAGGGUAACGUGGGGAAAGAGAGCUCUUCUGUGUGCCGUUUGAUCCUUCUAUUGAGCAGCAAAAGCACCUUAGCCAUACCUGCCUGUGGGUGUCCUCUGCAUGGCUCACCUGCUUGUUGGGAAGUUUCAGGUGUCUGUGCAAACUGCCCAGUGGUAUUGUCUGGUAUCUAGGUAGCUAUUGGAUUACACGGGAGGUGAAGGCAUGCUGGAAAGGAGUGGCUCAGAUGAGAAUUGAAGGCACCAGGAGUCAUUUCAGAUCAGAGGUAAGCCAGUACGAGCCCAUUGGAGCCCAUUGAAGUACAUCUGUGUGCACCAGCACAGGGCUGUGCUCUGGUAUUUGGUGGCGUUUCCCAUUCUGCCUAUCUGGGACAUCUCAGUGAGGUGGAUGGCUGUGAUGUUUUUCCUCUGUAUUUUGAAAAGAGGGCCAUGCUUAACUUUUUCACCCAUGAUACAAAAUCGUGUAAUUUGUAAGCAAGAUGUACCUCUGAUCUGUGCAGUGUGUUUUGGUAUUUUAUAUGCUGUGUCUAAGUGUGCUUUGGACUUCCCACUUAGCCAAAGAGAGUUUGAUUGAUUAUUGACUUAAUAACUUUCAUGUGGCAUGGGAUGCUUUUUAAUUUUUCAUUUAGUAGACUAGAGAUAAGAUGGGUCAUUUUGCAGGAGCCGAAAGGGAACAUGUACUGCUUGGUUACAAUUGCCGUUCUAGGGUAGCUUCCCUAGCUGUGCUGCAGGCAGCACAGUGCCCUUCCCCAGCCUUGCUAUCAGUGUGCAUCUCAUCUCCUCGCACAGAUGGGAAAGCCAGAAAGUGCUGAAAGCAAUCGUGGUCUUCACAUCUCCCCCAUGGUUUGGUGGUGGAUGGGGAGCACCUUUCUGCAUAGAGGAUGAUGGCAACUUCUGUCUGUCUAUGUUUGGAAGAGAGGAAAGAGGCCAGUUCAGGAGAUUGAGAGAUCCUUCAUUGUUCUGGCAAAGGAGGAAGCUGUGCUUGACAAGCAGGAAAGGACAGAACUGCUGUGACAAAGUGAAAUGUGUGCUGUGAGUCACUCUGGCGGUGUCUCUUCUGUCCCAGCAGAUGGAAUUGCAGGGGGCACGUCAGAAACUUCUUUGGUUAACCUUGUCUUUCCCAGGCCUACCUAAGCUGUAAAACCACGGGCUUCUUGACUGGCAUGUGGAGUAGGCAUGAGCUGCUGACAGCUCUUGGAUCCGGGUUUAUGAUCUAUAGCUAAUGCUCAUGCAUUGCUUGGUUAAUGAGUCACGGGUGCUUAGGUGUGGUGCACAGCCCUGAGAGCUGCAGUGCACUGUGCUCUGCCCACCUCACAUACUGAAUAAGCAGGACUCCAGGACAGCCUGGUGUGCUUUGCUUUGCUGCAGAAUGGAGCCAGCCAGGGGAUGGAGCAACCUUACUUCCAGGAGCUGUUUUAGUAUUACAGCCUUGGAUAGAUGGUCUUUUUCAGGAGUCAUUGCUGGAGAGCAUUCUGCCCGUGCCACGUUUCCAGAGAUUAAUGCCACUUGUGUGGAUGUGAGAGCUAACUCAGCUGCUAGCAGAGCUGUGAGCUGUUUCUGUAAGCUCCAAAACAGCGGAUUUGUGAAGCCCUUCUCUAAGAUACCAUGCAGGAAGAUCCAGUGUUAUGGCAUUUGACAAAUGGUCAUGGAGCGUAUAUGUUAGCUUCUGCUAAAGUCUUUGGGUGAUGAAAUUCAAUUUGUGUGGGUUUUGUUUAAGUUAGAUAAACUUUGGGAGUGAGGGAGCAUUGUGUAAAGGAAAGGGAAGAGAUAAUAUGUGGGAAGUUCAGUGUGUGAAACACCAAGGUGUGUCAGUUCUCUUGAUAACACAGGUGCUGGCUGUCCUGACGGUGAGACUGGGCUGUUUUAAGUAGAUUGCCAUUGAAGUGAAGAUAUGAGUGCUAGACAUCUCUGAGCUUCUUCAGGAAAGAGGAAACAAGGCAAGGAAACUUCCUUAAAUGGUGUUUGGAGGUGAAGAGCAGGACAUACUAGGAUGCAGAAAUAGUGAGCAUUUUGCUUCACAGAUAAAGAAAAGUGAAAUCAAAAGAUAAGCUGCGCAGAAUCCUGGAAUGGACCUUAAAGAUCAUCCAGUUCCAACCCUUCUGCCAUGGCCCCAUCUAAACUGCGUGUGGGGCAUCCACAGCUUCUCUGGGUACAGCCUUACCACCUGCAUAGCAAAGAACUUCUUCCUUACUUCUAAUAUAAGUCUACCUUCUCUUAGAUGAAAGCUGUUACUCCCUGCCCUGUCACUGUGCUCCCUGGGAGCAGCCCCUCUCUUGCUUUAUUUUAGCCCCCGUUAGGAACUGGAAGGCUGCUGUAGUGUCUGCUCCUACCUGGCAAAUGAAUUGCUUAACUCUGCUGUGGAGGAAGGUACAAGUCCAGUGCGUGGUGUGUGGGAGGGUUUCUCCUGCACUGUAUGUGGAGGAGCUCAGUAAGCAAGGUGUAUGUUAAUUCCAUGGCUUUUUUUUUGUUUUAAUGUGGGGAUUUAAUAUUGCAUAAGCCAGUGAGAUUAGCAAGGCCCAGCGAGACAUGCAAGUGAAGAUUGAUUUGGAUGAGAUGUGGUAGAUCUUAAUUCCCAUGCCUUUUAAGGGGUGGGAGAAGAUUGUUACUUUGAAGGAAACGUAGGGGUAUCCUUAAGUGCCCCAUGCUGUGAGAGCAUUAGUGUCUGUAUUGCUGGAUGGAUGAGGUGAGGUGAUUCUGGCUGAUAGACACAGCUGUCCUGUAGGUCGUAGUAAUGUAACCUGCGCUGCUUUCCUCAAUUUUCUCUACUAUAUCUCAGUUUCUCAGAGUGCAGAAAGGUUUGUGAAAAGAAGCUGCUGAGGCAGAUGUGGCUUCUACGUGAUCAGGGGCUACAAAACUGCAGCUUGUUCCCUGCUCAGCUGCAGUAAGUGAGCCUGUGACCAGAGGCUGUGUUGCUCUGAGCUGAGUGGCCAGCUGAGAACCAGGAGGGUUUGGAAUGCGGCAGGCUGGGGCUCUGCCUUAUGCCCGCUGAUCUGCCUGCCGCUUACCCAUCCUGGGCAAUUUUUGCCUGUCUUUGUGCUUUACAGAAAGGAGUUGGUAGUGUGCUUUGCUUUCCCUUAGUUCUGCUUUGUUUCAGACAGCCUGUGACUCACUGCGAAGCUAUUGCCCCGUGUUCCUACAGCCUUGAGGCUGGCCUGGUGGCAGAAGGUGGGGUGGAGUUGCAGCUCUAUCAAGAAAGCCGGAACUGCCUGAGUUAGCAGUGGCUCUGAAUAACAAAGCAGGUGUCUGCACCUCCCUGGAGCACAGCGUCCCAGCGCCGGCAGCAGGAGGCUGGAGUCUGUGCAGAGCUCCGAUGGACUUGGGGUGCUGCUGCCUGCAGGAUCACCUCCUACAGAACUGUAAGGAACAGCUCCAGACUAGCCAGACUGCUUGGUUUCCCUGUGAGACUUCAAAGCUAGCUAUCCAUGCCCUCCCACAGCAGUAGAAAGUUUCAACUGAGUGUUUCAUUUGUGCUUUUCCUAAAGCAAUGGAACUCCUACAGGAUGAAAAGGCUUACAGUCAAGAAGUGAUUUGUUAAUUAAUCGCUGCUGUCUUCUGGGACACAGGGAAUGGAGCCGCUGUUCUGUUAUCGCAGUGCCUGUGUCACACAAGACUCCCUAGGUGUAAUAACCUGCUUGUGAGGCUAUGAUGCAAGAGUUGAGGAACUGCUUUGCCCUGAAGGUUGCCUUCUCACAUGCUCAGAUGUUUCCAGGAACUGAGGAGUGCAGGAUUGCUAGAUAACACCACAUCUAGAGCAUCUCAGGCUGUUCCACAUGGAUGAUAGGGAAGUCAAAUGGCUUUAAUACAUACUCUUGCCUUCUGUGAAUGAGAAGAAAGGAGAAGACUGAACAUGCUGCCCUAACUUCUCUCCUUGCGUGAUGCCAGCUACAUGAACAUAAUUGCACCAAUUACAGGGAGUUGUGCAACUUUACGAACUGUCUGUAAAAGUUCUGCACUUAGAAGAUGGGUGGCCAGAAGGGAGCAGAGUAUCCUUCUGUUGCAACUCUUCUGAAACUUCGUCUCUACCUUUGCAGGGUUUGUCAUGAGGCAAAUGUUUUGAGCUCGUACUCCAGCUUUCCUGACCAGCUAUUACUUUUGAUGGCUUUUUAGCUUUAGGUUUAUUCUUCAUAGAGCAAAGAUAGCAGUCAGUCCCACGCUUUCUGGGGAGAAGCAGGAUGUGGUUCUGCUUUUUAACUUUACUGCAUUAUAGGUAAUAAAUGGCUUUAAAAAAUCACUGCACUGCAGAGUGCCUCUCUGUAUUCUCUGUAAGUGCUUUUUAUAGUGCUCUUGGCCAAAACAAUGCUUCUCCAUAUGAUACAAUGACUGGAAUGUGGUUGGGGCAAUGGUCAAACAUUUGGGGCUCAACCUGUCUCACUUACUCUGUAAUUCCUGAGCAACUUUGUGUUAAUAAAGUUAGUAGGUUUGAAUUCCAGUAUAUAACAAUGCUUUGAACCUUAACUUUGGUGUGGUAGUGUUCAAACCAGGAUGGGUAGUGGUGUGUCUCUGACAGUGUGGGGUGUCAUUGGAAAUUGUAUUCCAUGUGCUCUCUGCUACCUUGGGAAGGAACCCAUGAUGCAAACAGUACUGAAAACUAAGUGCCAUUGAUGUGAUGUGCCUGAUUCCCUGGUUAGACAAAUGGUAACAGUUGCCCAUAAGUGUGGGACCUGAGCAGUCAGCAUCUGCAUGUGGUUUAAAUUGCAAACCUUUUGCUUGGCUCACUGAAGGAGGGUGAGGAGUACAACAUGGUGCUUUACUGCAUGUUUCCAGAAUCUGAAGAUGACUCUGAACUGUAGUGGUUGAGUGGUCUCAUGUUCAUGAAAGAGCUGAUCUCCUGAGCUCUGUUUUACACCGUUUCCCCUUAGCAGAAUUGUCUCUUUGCUGCUUUGCACUUCAGAUGACUUGUGUGAAGAUUUGAAUAAGGCUUCUGGCACAGGGAUCAGAGAAGCUGGCAAACCUUGUGACUUCCACUUGAGGGGACUUCUUAUUAGCUUCUAUAUCCUUGUCUCAGCUGUGUUAAAACCACAGGCUCUAAGCAGAGCUUUCUGUCAUGUGAUACUGUGUAUACUUCUAAUUCAAUUUACGGUAAAGUUGCACCCCCAAAAUGUAAGUGUUCAGCCUAUUUUCUUGUUGCUAUUGUUGUCUUCUAAGAAAAACACAUGGACAACAACUCCUACGUCUUAGAUGUGGUAUUUUUAUUUGACUGUGAGUGCCUUUAUUUUUGUUCAACCACAGCAAGCAGGAACAUCCCAUAUUAAUCUCCUAAUUUAUAUUUGAAAUGAAAAACUGUCACAACACUGGGGCCAUCCUUAAUUCAUGGAUUGUGCUGGCUGCACUCCAGCAGUGUAGCUAAUUACAUUCUGCCCACAUCAAGCUGUCCUUGCUGCGGUGGCUUUUUUUUUUUGUCAGUUGCUGGCUUGAAUUUUUUGUGUAGUCUCUGCAGCCUGACUUCACAUUUUCAGUGCUAAUGGAAAGCUGCUUACAAUGACUAAGCAUCUCUCCCUGAAAGGGAAGCCCUUGGGUUGCUGGGCAGAGGCAGCACAGAGCUGGGUCGCAGCAAGCUGCCUUGGUUUGGUAGCUGUGUGCACUCUGCUCUGUUGCAGCUCUGUUGCAGAGGGGACGGAGCACCGUGACUUCACAUACAGCAUUUGUUGAUCACCAGAGGGGUAGGAAGCAGCAGAAUGGUGCUGUUAACCUGGAAGUAGCAGCAGCAGAGGAGGUCAGUCUUGCAUAAUUGGGAUAAAGUGGGAAUUCACAUAGCGUUUGUUAAUUCCAGGAGUCCUAAAAUUAAUUCAAAGGAACUUGCUAGAGCUGCCAUUUGGGGGCGCAGUUCUCCUGUAGCUCUGUUAAGGUUGUUCCUUCCAAAAGGGUCACCUGUGCACACAAACACUGCCUUGCUGCACAAGGAGUCAGGGCACACAGCACAGGUGGCUGUGUAGCUCCUCACUGCUGUAUGUUCUGUGUACUUCUACACGUAUUGCAAUCUUGGUUCCAACAGAACUGUAUAUAACAGCUUCCCACUGUGCCCAGCUUCCAGCAUGACCUUACACGUGUGAAUGCACAGCUGUUUGUCCCCAGCAUUUGCCAAGCAAAACCCUUCAAAUCUCUGAAAGCUGCUUUUUCAUCUCCCAAGAGGAGCUGCAUGAGAGCUGGCUGCAAUGUCCACCUGUUUGGCUGUGCCUUGUUGGUAAGUGUUCUAAAUAGAUAAUCUCCUUCAUCUGGAAGUUCUGCAGACUUUUUACUUGAGCCUUUUAAAGCUGAAGAAGCUGUGCUCUGAUCAUCAUCUCUGGUCAUUCCGGAGUUUCUUGAGCAGCCCUGAGUGUUUUCCAUGAAGCCUGUAGUGAAACCCUGGGCUCUGCUUUGCUGCCAGCUCUGCUGGGGCGGCUGCUGUUUCGGGAUAUGGCAGCCUGGAGCGGCAGUGACCCCUCGCGGGCAGAGGGAUCGGGUUGGGAGGUGUGCAGCUGUAAGCGAUGCUAAGUCUUUUCCUUGCACGUUUGUUCUCUGAAGCUGAGAUGCAGUGUCCCAAGUGUCCAGAGCAAUCGUGUUUCUCAGCCCUUGGUGAACGCAGAGUUGGUGUACAGCUGUGUCGGAGGAGCUGGAAAGAACCCAAGACUUCUGCUCAGGACUUCGACAGGACCUCGUGGGACUGCGUGCUGCAGGGUGCCCUGUCCACCUUCUCCAACACCAGCUCCUUCUUCUGGACCGUGGCCAUUGCCCUCUACCUCUAUGUCACCAUUGUGAGGGGCUCGCCCACGGGUGCGGGUUUGCUCUGCUGCUUCCACAUCGUGAGCUGGGGAGUCCCCCUUGCCAUUACAAUUGCAGCUGUGGCUCUGAAGAAAAUAGGCUACGAUGCUUCCAAUGUUUCUGUGGGCUGGUGUUGGGUCAACUUGGAUGCAGAGGAUCGAGUGCUGUGGAUGCUGCUGACGGGGAAAGUUUGGGAGAUACUGGCCUACGUGACUUUGCCUGUGCUCUAUAUCCUCAUCAAAAGGCACAUCAAUAGAGCGCAUGCAGCUCUCUUAGAGUAUCGUCCCAUUCUCUCAAGUGCACCUGCUCUUCAGCCAUGGACUUCCACAGCAGACAAGAAGUUGAUUCUCAUCCCUGUCAUCUUCAUCAUCCUCCGCAUCUGGAGCACUGUGCGCUUCAUUCUGACACUCUGCAACUCCCCUGCAGUGCAAAAUUCAGUCCUGGUUGUCCUGCAUGGAAUUGGAAACACGUUUCAAGGAGGUGCCAACUGUAUCAUGUUUGUCCUCUGCACGCGUGUGGUCCGAGCUCGGCUGCUGUCCUCCAUUUGCUGUUGUCACCACGAUGAUGUGGGUUGGCCUUGGCGAAGCUCGAGCAGCAGCCGGCAGCACGCAGACCCUGCUAAGAGUGAGGACGUGCCAGACCCCGAGCAGACGAAGCCCCUGCUGCCCAGAACCUGAACCUCAUCUGCCUGUGUCUUGACACUGAUUCCAUCCUGCUGGGUAACCUGCCUGUGCACUGCUUCAUGAUCCAAUGCAAGGGGUUGGGAAACAGCAGUUGGCAGAGGGAGAAAAAGGGACUGUGGGACUGCUCUUGAACUCACACGCCAUGCAUGCAUCUCUUCUCUACUAUACAGUUGAGAUGUAUUUAGUGCCCCAAGUGUGGUAAUGCAAUGCCUUUACUGUAACAGGGAGGCAGAGGAUCAGUGACUCCUCCAAGCUUAUGUAGGAAGUGUGCAGAAACAGAAACCUGGCAGCAGUUCUUUGUGGUUUCAGGUACAUACAUCGAUGCUGUGUGAUGCCCUUGUUUUGGUAAGCAUUAAGCUGGGCUGCCCAGACUCCUAGAGAGAAGGCUGAAGGCUCCCAGCUCUGUAAGCCAUCCUCUCACAUACUCCUAUUUCUGUUACUUCUAGACCACAAAACCUAGAGGAAAACAAGAAGGCAGAUUUUUAAUGAAAAAAAAGCCAAAAAAACACACAAUUGUUUGUAUUUUCUAUAGCAAACAUUUGCAGAAAUGAACUCAUUUCUCAUGAACUGCCUGGGGAGAGAGGGCAGCUGUCAGGCUCCCGCUGCUCCCAGCACCCAACUGUUCAAACUCUACUCUUGUUAGCUUAAUUUUAGUUAUGUUAACAACAUGCAAAACAGCUGAAUGAUACAGUGAGCUCAUGGGAGUAGGCUAGUCUCUUAUUCUGAGUGAAAACUUAGCAUUCUCUUGAUUAAGACAUGAAUGUAUUUAAGCCCUCUUGUACAUCAGCCGGGGAAAGAGAUGCAGCCAACAGAGAAGCUCCUCCUGGUGUCUUUAGUUCAUCACUGAAGCUGAUUACAGCAAAGCAUGGUGGUGGGAUGGGGGGUAAGUUUGGUGAGGAAGGUCUGGAGAUGGGAUUGUAGAAAUACUUGGCUGCUCCUGGCAGGUCCCCUUUGGUUCUAAGUGCACAGGCAGGGAAGGGGCUGGGGCAGUGUCCCCUGCAUCAGGAGCCCAUGAAGAUGACUUAGAUCUUCCAUCAAAUCUGGACUGGAGCAGUUCUUUUCUGAGCUAGUUGUGAAGGUGGCUGAGCUUGGGGAACCUGGCUGUGCUUUAGGAAUGGAUCCUCCAUACCUGUUUUCAGCUGCUGCAGGGGAUGCCCCUCGAGUUCCAGCCUGUUGUCCUGGCUCAGGUGAAGUGCUGGGUUUUAACUGUUCUUCAUUUCGUGUAGGUGUGGGAUCAUCCCCGAGCCCCACAGGGGGAGCUAAAGCCUGGGGAAAAGCACUGCUGGAGCGGCUGAGUACAGUGAAGAUGUCCCACUGCUGUGGGUUCCCAUCCCUGCUGCUGCAGUCUUGGACUUUGCUCAGGAUCCUCUGGAAGAUACUUUGUGGCUCCUUCCAGCUUCCUGGUUUUUCUUCCCUCCUUCUCCUCUCGUUCCACCAUACAUCUUAAAUUGUUUGGAGUUUGGCUUUUCAGUCUGACGGGACAAAUGUGUUGUGAGUUCUGGGGUGAAUGAAUGUGGGUGUAGGGAAACUUUAGUUGCUGCUGAAUAGGACUGCCCUGGGUGUGGGUUCCAGUCCUCAUGUGUGAGCUCUGCUGGGGAGCUCUGGCCUGGCUCACACUCUUCACUUGAACAUGGACAGACAUCGGUUUGUGGUGGAGAUGGAUGGUUCCUCUUCAUGCUUUGUUCCUCCUUCUCAGUGGCCACGGGUUGUUCCCAGGGUUUGUGGUGGCUGCAUGCUUACUGCCUGCUGGGGGCGUCUGAACUCUGGGGGCAUCUGGGUGUCUUCUCACAGCAGGGAGGGUGCAUCUGCUGUGCUCUGUUCUUGGCAUGUGGGUGCCGGAUCAGAGCUGGGAAGGGUCAGCUUGUUGUUUGCUGUUUGCAGGUGCUGUUUGAACCUAUUGACAACUCCUUGCUUGUGUUUUUUUAAAAUAUUUUCUCCAACUUCUACAAAAUAAAGUUGUGUUUCUUUACCAA